AUGGCCGGGCUUGAGGAGUACGCGAAGAGCGUUGACGAAGCACCGAUCGGGUCUAAGGAACAAGAGCCUAAUGAUCCCUCCGACGAAACCGGAACAGUUCCGCAGAAAGAUCGGCCGGUCUAUACUCGCUUUGCUCGCAAGCAUCUAUCUCUCGAGACAUUGCGGGAGUUCGGUGUCAACUUCGACUUUGACACAGACCCUGAGUACGUCUUAGUGGAACGGUGGGUUCCCGAGUGGGAACAAGACCGUUUGUGGAAGCACACUAAAAUCAUCCGCGAGAAACGGGUCGAGUCUCUACUGAAGGAGACGCCAGAUCAGAGGGUUGAGCCUCAGUAUGAGUGGGUGCGCAAGAAAGGCAUGCAACAGACCAGGGCACCGCUGGCCUACCGUGACGUUAAAGAUAUGAAUUUCCUGUGUCUCUACAGUGGAUGCGAGCGAGCUGUUCCCGGAAAUGGAUUUCCUCGCCUAGGGAACCUCCAGGACCAUGUGGAGCGUGUUCAUAACGACUACAGGACCUUUGGAAAUUCCAUGUCGCAACCUGGGGAGCGAAAUCCAUCGCCUCCUCCUCUUCCACUUUCUCCUGGCGACUCCCGGCGUAUACAUGUUAGGACCACCAGUCGUGAAAGGGGUACUCCUCCAUCUCCAUCUUCUCCUCCUCUGUUGCCAUUCAAUUCACUAGAGAUGACCUACCGGUAUACCGACACAACUUCAGGCACAAAGUCUGAGAAGUGGUCGCCUCAGCGCAAUAAGAAACAAGAAAGGGAGUUUACCGCUAAAGAAAACACAGACAUGGAGGCCAGGGAAAAAGAAUAUCAGAAGCGGCUUGAGGAUGACCUCCGAAAAUCUGGUUUAGAUGAGGCUAGUAUCACCGCCAUCCUACAGAAAGAGAAAAUUAAAGCCUCAGAAGUGCUAAAAUAA